UGUGAUUCUGUCUGCGGACUUGUAACUUUGCUUGUUAAGUAUGUCUUUUACCAGGAAUAGUUAGUUUAGGUUGGGAGGGGGGGCAAUUAGAUGAAUCUCUUAGUAAACUGGAAAAGUUGGGGUUUGAUCAGAAUUAUUACAGUAACAACAAAAACAACAGCAAAAUCAGUAAAAAUUAUCAGGAAGGCUUGGGUUUGGGGGAAAAAAAAAAUUACCAGGCUUUGAGCUGGACAAUUCCCAAUGAGAACAUGUUUCAAAAAAAAAAAAAAAUCAAGAUGUCUCAUGUAACAGGGUUGUUUAAUUCAAAACUCGUAGCUACUGGUAGGAAUGAAGAGGCAAUAAACCUGAUAUAAAUGGAAAAAGUCUAGUAAGGAUUAACUUGUAUUUGAUAGGUUGCAUUUUUAAUUAUACUGCGUCCAAGGUCUUGUUUUAACAUGCUUUUAGCUUAUUUUAAAAGUACUUGAUGUACAUGACCUGCAAGUAAGGGAUAUUCCCAAAAGUAAAUCAGAUCAACUAAAUACACAGAGAAGUCACGUGGAGCACAGGCUUAAAUUUCAAUAGAUAAUGAUGUGAAAAUUUAAAGAACUCUAAAUUUUUAAGGGCCUGUACAAAGGUUGCUGAAACCAUAUUUUAUCAUCUUUCAUGGGGAAUACUCUUGCAUGUAAAAAAAUUAGUUUAUUUCACAGGUUAACCAUUCUGUUUGCCUCCUAAACAAAAUCUAUUGGCUGACCCAGUGUGUCUGUGUCUGAAGACACUGGGUACUGAUACACUUCUGUCUAUGAACAGUGAGUUGGCAGUUACUAGUCAACAGGGUGUGGAAGGAAGAAGCAACAGUUUUUGACUGGUUGACUACGAGUGACAUAUUUGAUUCUCAUAGUAAAAUGGUAGUGUAGACUAACAGUAGUUUUGGUGAAUCAUACUGUCCUUUGUUAAUACUUUUUUGUUACGAUAUUCUUAAAUUCUAAGAAUUUACAUGGUAUUCUCUGCUUACUGCUGUGGAGGGAAAAGGAGGUCCAGCUCUAGACCACCAGACUUGCCACAGGCUCCGUGAGGGAGCAUCCCUUAAUCAGAUGAAAUUGCCGUCCAGAUUCCUUUGGGUGGUAAUCUUAACUCUUAAUACAACUUCACAAUGAACUUUGUUUCAAUAUGUCUUUUUUUAUGCAGUACCUAAUUUUUACUAAGUCCUGAUAUGGCUGGCGUUUUCAAAACUUCUCAAAACACAGGACUGCCGUAUGUCUAUGCGACUGUAGUGGAAGCAGUAAGGCAGGUGUCUUUCUCUUUCUCUUUUUUUUUUUUUCUUUUUUUUCUCCCCCUAAUUAACAUAUUUACCAUUUUCUGCCUUUUCUUGUGAUGUAAUCUUUUGCUUGCUUUGAUAGACAUCUUCUCUGGCAACAGUGCCACCUAAAUUGCCUCUGGUCACCUCACAGCUGCUUUUAAACAUUUUUCUUUGCUUAGUGCCAGCAUAGCUGUGUAGGUGACCAAGCAGUUCACCAGACCCAGGAACAGAUUCAGCAAAAAAAAUACCCAUUGUUCCCCCUUGCCAAAGGAAAAGAAGGCGAGUUCACUGCAUAGCAGCCAUAGCCGUAGCUGUGCUGGCUUGCAGGCAGGAAUGAGCAUUGGCGAUGAGGUCUGCCUAAACAAAUUUUAGUGGCGGUGUGCUGAAUAUCUGAGCAGCGCCUGGGGGGGCUUCCAGCUCGAGGCCUGAAGAGCACUGGGAGUUCAUUGUGUGCUUGAAGAGAUUUGCUAAAAUGACCAGGACAACAGAAUGGGUUAUCAGUAGGCCUACACUUGGCACUUUGAGAUUCAUAGAACUGUUAACUCCUAUAAAUUUGUCUUAGACUGAACAGUAAAACACUGAAAGUGUACUGGUCAGUGUAAGCCAGAAGUACACUGAAAUAUUGUCUGCCCCAUUUUGUUGUUUUGGUCUGGUUUGGGGUUUUUGUUGUUUUUUUUUUUUCUCCUACAGAUCUCUUUGAUUUCACAUCUUUCUACAUAUGUAUGUACUUCUACAGACUAGAGAAUUUUUAAAGUUAGGUUUAUAGCCUAGUAGGUUUGUGCAAUAAACAAAUGAAGAAAUCUACCAAGAAAAUAUAUGCAUAAAAAUAGCACGUUAAUAAUUCAGUUUUUCUGUAUGCUUUUGUAAUACUGUAUCCUGAUCUUGGAGAUCAGCUUCUGUUUUAGUGUAACAGGGGAGCCUGAGGACACAUCACAUAUGUUAUUGCAAAAUAUCCUAGUGGACUUCCGAUAUUUCACAACUCCAAACUGGGUGUUUUUGCCAUUACUGGUAGCCAUAGGCUGUAUUAUUUAAAAUGGCUGUUCACUGAAUCACUUUUAAAAACAUGGAUAUUUGUUUCAGAGCUCUGAACAUGAAAUCCAAAUUACCAACACUUCCCUCACGUUUUGUCUAAAAACUGAAAGACUUUUUUUUUGUUGAUGUACACAGUGUGUGACCCCAGCUGGUUGGUCUGUGCUUCCCAUCAGCUAUGGUUUCCUUCAAACUGGCUGUGACAGAUUCUAUAGAUUUUCUGGUUGACAUUGUUCCUGAUUAUCUUUGCAACUAAGCUGCAGACCUAAGAGAUUCAGUUACACAGGAAAAAAAGACUAAAACCUCUUUAGCUUCAUAUUUGUAUAGGAGUCCAUGUUGUUUGUGUGAAGUUAAGCUAUUUAGGAUGUCACAUAGGAUUUAAAAUUAGUCUUGUGGGAUGGUUAGUUAGUGGGUGCAUGUGAGCAUGCAUGUACAUAAACAUGGAUAAUUUUGUUCUGUGACUGCUUGAAGCUGAAGAUCAUUUAAAUGGGAUUUUUCUUUGUGUGUGCAAGUAAGAAUAUUUUGCAAAUGCCAGGAAGAAUAAUAUUUAUGUAGUUAUCAUGUUUUUCUAAAUAUGAAAGAAUAGCAACACUGGGUUUUCUCCAUGAGAAACAACAAUAGUGGUGAAUGAGGGAUGGAAAAAUAAUUUAUGUAGAAGCAAAGUGGUUUUGUUCUAAGAGAGACAUAUAUGUGUCCACUGACAGAUUUUUAUUUUGAAUUUGCAUCGGUGAUGAGCGUGCUCAGUUUGUGAUGGUUUUAUAUAUAUUGCAGUUAAAGCCUCUGUGUGAGAGUUUUAAGUGGGUUUCUUUCCCAUGUGCUUGGUUUUCCAUAGGUAAAAUGGGAAUAAUGACACUGACCUCCUUUGUGCUUUGAAAGUACUGCUGAGAAACAUUAUAUAAGAAUUGAGUAUUAUUAUACAAAUCAUUCUAGUUUGAUCCAUCUCUGCUGACCUUUUUCAUCCAUGCAGUAAGAUUACCGUGACUAGGAGGCUGAUGGGUCUCAUUGUGUUCAGCUUAUCACUGUACACACUGGUGUUUUUCAGUGGAACAUAAAUCAGUGCAAUCUUUUUUGUCCCCAGAUGAUGAGCGUUAUUAAGGCUUGGCAUUUAUGUGGAAUCUGAUCAUGUUUAAAGCCCUUACAAUUGCCUUUAUCACAAUACAAGUGAUAAAGUAUAUUACUUUGGUGAUAUUUCUGCUCUAAGUUGAAUACAGAAGUCUGUUGAAUAUUUAUAGAUGAUAUACAGUGUGACAUCUACUUCUUUCUUCUACUUUUUCUGUGCUGAUUUAGAAAUAAGACUUGAAAAGAUUGUACCUGUUGAUGCUUGCUGUUUUGUAAUACUACCUUGCCUUCAAAGCUUUAGAAAUUACCAGCUCUUAAGCAAAUGGGGGUGCACUAACCUCAAAAAUUUGGUGUAAGAUACAGCUAGUCAUCUUAGCAAAGCAAAUGCCUGCUCUCUGAGCUGGUUGCACUUGUGUCGGCAGUUUCCAGUUCGUGGUCAUGCUUCUGCUGUGCUGGGGCCGGUCCUCGCCAGCUCCAGGUCUUUCAGUGUCAGCUGUGUCCCACAGACCUGGGUUGCCGCUGGGCAAGGGCCACAGGUGUGACAGGAUGCUCUUGGAAGCUGGAUUUCUCUUUGUUUAGAAAAGACUAGUGACACUGGCGAUAUUGACUGCAAAGUCUGUCUCUUCAGGUUGGGGUGCUGAUAUGAUCCAUUUGGAAACGCUUUAACUUUUUGCAGCAACUAACUGAACCAACUAUCACAUUUGCUGUGAAGAGGGGUGGGAAGGUGGUGUUUCCACCAUUAAAUAUUUGGAGCAGUCAAGGCCACAUGAGUAUCUGGACUAUGAUGCUAUUUUGGGGGAAAAAAAAUAAAACAGGAGGGAGGGAGUAUUUUAUUCGUAAGUGAUAAAACUUCUCGUUCACUACUUUUUCAACUGCUGACAAAGAAUGACCUCUUACUGUGAAAAUUUGGUUGCGCUUUCCUUGAGUCCACGGUGGAUGAGAGAGACAUCACUUAUAAAAAGAAAGUGGUCCCUUUCUGUCCUAUUUGUGUUCAAAAGUCUACACACUCGCAUAUUUAUAUUCACCCAUAAAGAAAUUUAAAAGGAAGGACAAGGGCAGGAAAACAUUUCUUUGAAAACCUGAUAAACUCUUAAGAUCAUUUUGAUGAUGCUGCUGCCAAAUGAGGGAUUUGUGUAGGGAUUAGAAGAUGAUGAUCUUUCUUACUGGCAGUAACUCUAGCCAAAAAGACUUUUAAGCAUAUGUCAUACGUAAGCAACUGUCUUUUUCAAAUCAAGAUCAAGUAAUUUGAAUGACCCUUGCAUUUACGAAAGUUGCCCUAGAGGUGACUAUAUACCUUAAUCUAGGUAGCUUUGUAAAUGAAGGCAAAGUGCAGCAGUAGCUCUUAAUUACUUGUUUGGGUUUUUUUUUUUUUCCCCCAGGGCUGCCACAGUUGAUCUGUGGCUUUGGCCAUGGGUGUUGUAUUUUUAAGCUACAGUUUUCAGGGAGCUUCUGUGUGCGUGCAAGGGUGGGGGUGUACAUACAUAUGUAUGUUAAAACGAUUGCCAGUGAAAAUACAUUACCAUUUACAUGCCACAUGUUGAGCAAGAAACAAACCGUGUGCACAGCAAUUGAUGUGGGACAGUGGGUAGACCCGUACAUUUAACUUACACCAGCAGCGCUAGUUGUACGGUGCAGUAAGUCUGACAUGUCUCAGCCUUAUGUUUUGAAACGUGACGAUACGGGACCUCCUGCGGGCCAGGAAGUGUCGCUGGGGACGGCUCCGUGAUGCAGCCCUGUGGUAAGAGAACUGUAAGCCAAGCGCUGACAUUUCAGGAUUUUACUGCACUUUGCCAUGUGACCAUAUGUUGUUGACACCAGAGAAGGUAAUUUAUUUCUUUUCCCUGGUAAGAAAAAGGGACAAGGAGAAAUAGCAUGAGAGCUGAUCUUGGAGAAAAAGGGGUCAAAAGUUUCAGCUACAGCAGAAAGAGGAAAAUGGCUACAGCAAUACUGGGAAGUGACAGGCACGCUACCGAUAACAGCAGCCUGCAAUGAGAGGGGGUACUAGGUUUUGAUGAGAGCAAACUAGCACAGCUUAACAAAUCCUGGGCAAAAUCGUGUAGGAAAAGUAAAACUGACAAGUAACUGGCCAGUUAGGGAACUACUUUGAGCUCAGAAUGGGAACACACUAUAUGCAAAUAAUGAAUUACUCUUGUCUUGUCCACUCUGGCGCUACCUCACAAAAGGUGUUUCAUAAUAGAGCAAGGAUUUACUGUGGGGGUAGGUUUGCGGGUGUGUGCGUUUUGUAAGUUGUUUUUUUCUAGAUGAGUUAGGUGACCAAAUAAAUUAUUCAAUUUAUUGAAUAGAGAAGCAGCAAGCUACUUCUGAAGAUGUUAUCAGAUACAGAUCUGCCUUUUAGAAAAUCAGUAUUAAGUAAUUGUAUUACUCCAGAUGCCAAAGGAAUUUACACUGAACAUUAGAACAUCCUUGUCUCAAAUGGUAAUAUUUCAAUAAUCGCAUUACCAGUUUCCAGCACCAACUCCCCAACGAAGAUUUUGCCAAAAACCUUGGGACCAAUCAAUGUGAAUGUUGGACCCCAAAUGAUCAUAAGCACGUCGCAAAGACUGACCAAUUCAGGGAGUGUUCUGAUCGGGAGUCCGUAUAACCCCACUCCAGCAAUGGUCACACAGACACACAUAACGGAAGCUUCUGGCUGGGUCCCAGGGGACAGAAAGCGGACUCGAGAAUUUAUAGAAUCAGAUUUUUCAGAAAGCAAGAGAAGCAAAAAAGGAGAUAAGAAUGGGAAGGGUCUGCGGCAUUUUUCAAUGAAAGUAUGUGAAAAAGUUCAACGUAAAGGAACAACUUCGUAUAAUGAAGUCGCUGAUGAGCUGGUAUCAGAAUUCACAAAUUCUAACAGCCACCUAGCUACAGAUUCGCAGGCUUAUGAUCAGAAAAAUAUUAGGCGGAGAGUUUACGAUGCCCUUAAUGUCCUGAUGGCAAUGAACAUAAUUUCAAAGGAGAAGAAGGAAAUCAGAUGGAUCGGCCUUCCUACAAACUCAGCUCAGGAAUGUCAGAAUCUAGAGCUAGAAAAACAGAAGCGGAUUGAAAGGAUAAAACAGAAGCGAGCCCAACUACAAGAACUGCUGCUGCAGCAAAUAGCAUUCAAAAACUUGGUACAAAGAAAUCGGCAAAAUGAACAACAGAAUCAAGGCCCUCCUGCUUUGAACUCAACAAUACAGCUGCCUUUCUUAAUAGUCAACACUAGCAAAAGAACAGUUAUAGACUGCAGCAUAUCAAGUGAUAAAUUUGAAUACCUCUUUAAUUUCGAUAACACUUUUGAGAUCCAUGAUGACAGUGAAGUGCUGAAGAGAAUGGGAAUGUCCUUUGGGCUUGAGGCAGGCAAAUGCUCAGCUGAGGACCUAAGAACUGCGAAGUCACUGGUGCCAAAAGCUUUAGAAGGCUACAUCACAGAUAUGUCUGAAGGACUUUCAUGGAUAAAUCAAGGCUUACUUUCAAGUUCAGCACAAGCAGUUUCACAUUUAGAGGUAGCAGGAGGCACUUCUGAUGCUAAAGCAAGUGAGAAUCCAGGGUUGUGUUUGGAUGCUGAAGUGGCCUUAGCAACUGGGCAGUUUCUUGCCCCUAGCAGCCAACAGUCCAGCAGCGCAACGUCACGCUACUCUGAAUCACGGGGAGAAACUCCAUGCUCAUUCAAUGAUGAAGAUGAAGAAGAUGAAGAUGAAGAUUCUUCCUCCCCAGAAUAAGGACAGUAGAAAACGGAAUACACAAAAUGCUGCUCAAAAAAUAUUCUUAAUAGGAGCUCCUGUUUGGAUUUUACUUGUUUCUUGCCUUGGUUUGCACUGUGUUCAGUGAAGCAAAAUGUGAAGUGAAACUUCAAAACAAAUUCAUCCACAGCUGAAAUUUAAACCUUUUUGUAACCAAACACAGUGUGACAUGCAGACGUCUGCAGAGCGAAAUGGGUUUCAUCAACUAUAACCAAGGAAGAGAACAAAGUCCCUGGAGAUUCGGCAAAGUAAACAUCAAGUUCACAUUUUCCAUUUUGGGACAUUCUGUCUCAAGUCUCUGUCUUCCCCUUAUCUUUACCAGAUGGAGAAGAACACAGAGUCAGUCAACAAAUGCCAAUUCUUGCAUCGUCGUUUGGCUGUGCUACCUUUAGAAAAUGGGGGAGAGAGCACGCGCGAAUGCGCGAAAAUGGCUAUUUAAAACUAUCUUAUAUGAAAGUUGUUCUAGGGAAAAGGGGCUAUUAGAAUGUUUGCUUUUUUUCUGUUCAACUUGCUGUAUAGAAGAUUCUUAAAGUAAUAUAAAUUGCAAGUGAUUAAAUGAAUCUUGAAAUAGUUUAAAUCCAUUUUAGAUACUCUAAAAGUAACAAUGGUAUGUCUCUUUUGAAAGGUUCAUAUGUUCAUUUAUACCGCAGACCUAAUUUAUUAUAAAUAAGUGAUUAUUCUUAGCCGUUAUUAAAUAGUCAGGAUAAAGGCAGUAUUCUCUGCACCAGCUUUUUUCAAGGAAAAAAAGUUUAAAAAUUGUAUUUCUAGAUUAUAGUGUAUCCAGUAUAGCUUCUCCUUUACUGUUCUAACUUUAUAAUCCCUUUGAUUUUAUAGCAUGUGUUGGGUUUUUUUAAAAAAAAGGCCUCUCUGUUAAGGAUCUCAGGCAGCAUGUUUUCAAGGCAGUAUUUUCAAAUUCAGGGUGGGCAGGUCACAUAACUUUUAAAGUCAUAGGUUGAGGUUCUUAGGAAAAAAAUUAAAUUUCAGUGACACAUCAUUUCAUGUUUUGCAUUCUAGUCAGCUUGGAUGUUGGUAGACUAACUUUCUUAAAAUGAACUUCUGUUGCACUCAACUUGAUGCGCCUUUGAGAAAUAGUAUCAAACCACUUCUUAAAAUAAUUCAUGGCUAAAAUUUACACAACAUGAAUCUCACUUUAACAGUUAAAUUAGACUUGCAACAGGAGGCUCCGUGUUCUAUAGUUAACAUCACAUCACAACUUUUUAAAAUAAAACUUGAAUAACAGAGCAAAAUACACCGUAGAUGCACUCUUCCCGUGGUGUUCUAACAUCGAGUAUUUUAACUAGUCUUGAAGUUAACUGUUUUUAAUUAGGUAAAUCCAGUUUAAGAGAGUGUUAUUUCUUUUUAGCUUUUAAACUGUCUGUAAAUAGUUGACCUGUUUCUAAGUACAGCGUACUACCUGUCAGAGCUCUGUUAUUUAGUUACAAGAUUAGGCAGCUUGUAAUACUGUUGUUUGCUUGAGCAAUGGCAGCAAACUGGAUCCUGUGGCUGCUGUGACCAUGACUCUAGCACAGUGUGGGGUAUGUCCACAUGAUCUUUUACAGACAGACCUGCACGGAAGGAACACGAUCCAAAAACACCCAGCCUGAGCUAGUGAGAUAAACCGAGGCUCCAGCUGAAAAGCCACCUGGCUGUUGUACGGCAGUUAGCACACGGCUAGCUACAUACAGGACAGGUAAAACUGCGAGGAGCGUACAAGCACACCUGCAUGUUUGCAUUAAAAACUUAGAAACCUUUCACAGAGAGUUGGAACGCCUGCAUUUGAGGUACAGUUAGGGCAGCACCAUUAUUUAGGUAGAGGUCUUGACUGAGCAAGUAGAGCUAUCUAGCUUACACAAAUGAGUUGCAAAUGCACAAACUAUAUGCCUACCAUGUUAUCCACCCUCUGAGCAAGACUGUUACGACUGUCCUGUGCUCAUGGCUCACAGGCAACAGCAGACACCACCUCACUUCAACCAAAUCUGCAUCACUACCUCUAUAUGAAGAAAAGCUUUACAAAUACAAAAUAAUAUUCUUGCUGAGAGAGUCCAUGCACUUGGCCAAAGUGGCUCACUUUUGAAAUAACAGGAGGAGAAGGUAACAAGGCACUCUGGUCAUACUACUAUGGAACUGUCAGCUUCAUGAAUGACCUUUCAUUUAUACAGAUAAUUGCUGUUAUUCUGAAAAAAACAUUGUUCUUUCAAAAACUGUCCCAUCAGUCAGCUUUCAUUGGAGAGGGCGGAUCAGAGAUACGGGAUACAUGCAGGAUCCUAAGGAAAUCUUAAAGAGGGCAACAUUUUAUAAAGUUAUUAUUCUCCCUUCCCCCAAUACAUAUGGGGCACAUUUAACAUUACACCUUCUUCAUGUUUCCCACUCAAGAUCUGUGUGAAAAGAAAAACCAGCUGAACACUAGUCAAUUGCUAAAGAGGAGCACUUUGAACUAUAAGAACCUGGCAAAAAAAGGCUUCCUGCCCAGAAAUGGAAUGUAUUUUAUUAGCAGUCAGUGUGCUUUCUCUUUAAAGGAGGAAGAUCUUCAGCGAUAUCUUCCUUCCAUUGGUGUCCACAUCAAAGCAGCAGACUGCACCGCUACUUGCUUUCUGGCAAACUUCAAGCUAUCAACUUUUUUGUUUUUUAAAAAAAGUAAAUAAUAAUCUAGGAGCACAUAACAUUUAUUUAGACAGUUGAACCAAGACUUUAAAAGUAAUUUUCCCUGAACUAGUUGAAUAUAAAGGACAAAACAAGUUAGAACAUUUAGAAGAGACUUCAAAAGGAAAUUAUUUCCUUGGGAUUCUUUGUGCCAAGUUCCAGCCAAGGAUGAAGUUCAACUAAAGCACUGCAGUCUUGUGGUUACACUAAAGUCUGGGAACUAGGAGAAUUUUGGGCCUUUUCCAGCCAUAGUCACUCACAUACAAUCCCAGGCAAGCGUUUCAGUCAUUCUUGUUGAUCUUAACUGACACAUUUAAAAUUUAAAAAAAAAAAAAAACCCACACAAAAAACCCAAACCACAAACAUAAAACACGCACAAACCAAAACAGGUAAAUGCAGGACCUCACAAAUGCAGCUGUUGCAUCUGAAUUGAGCUCUGAGUAAUUAUGAGUAACAGGGGAUUGAGAAUGUUAAGCAACCGCACCGCUCCCACUAAGCUAAUGGCAGGAGCUGUGCUCUGCUGCUUUAACAUGCAGGCCUUCCCGCCCCCAAAAGCCAGCAGCAGAUGCUCUGCAGAAAGGAAUGGUCAUUGGCAAGACUGGUUUUCCCAUCUUCUAUUCGGUUACCAUCAUCCUCGCCUGUCUCGUGCAAUGCCCUUGACAUUCAUUGGUAUGAAACAAGUAACGACCGGUACUAGAUGGUAUCUCUUAUAUGACAAAGUUAACAUUUAAGUUCUCAGGCGUGACAUGUUUCUAUGUCUUGGAACACUAUUUCUUGGUUAUAUAUUCAGAAGGCACUUGGCUGCAAGCAAUAUAAUGCUGUGUGUAAAUGCUUUUAUAUAGAGCAGUAAACAACUUUAUUUCUGGACAAACUUUAUGGUGCCUGAAAAUCUAAAUUUGACUUGAAAAACUUGUCAGCACCACAAACUAGAGUCAAAAAUAUGAGUGGGAGACAGCAUUUUUCUAUUAUGUGGAAAUCUGACAUAAUGCUUGUGGAUUUUGUUUUUUUAAAAUCUUAUUAAGGUGUGCCGGUCUUCUCAUUUCAACACUGGAAUUAAUGACAACAAUCCACCUAAUCUAAGAAAGCAUGUAUAUUAAGUAAAGACUAAAGCAAAUGAUACCGGUUUUACUGAAGGUAUGAUUUUAACUUUAUUAAACCUAGUACAAGCCACACUGUAGAUAUUUCCAUUUUGGUCAAGGGCUUUGUUUAUUUUUUUAAACUACAGCCUGCAAAUACUCCUAAUCCUUUUGAGCUGCUGGAAAUUGUAGAGUACACAGAAUAGCUGCAGAAGGACUUCUGCUGAUCAACUAAGUCAGCCUGAAGUAACAUUAUGUAAAAAGGCCUAAUAACCAAAUUUUAAUCCUUUUUGGUUUUUUAAAAACAAAAACAAACCCCUCAAGUUCGUACAUAAAAUGAUGCUUGAUUUUAGAAUUCCAGUUAAGGUUUUAAAUGUCAAGUGCCUUUUCUUCUGACCAUACCCACCAUUUUAAUUCAAGAGCAUGGCUGAAACUUAGUCACAUUUGAACACUAGGCAAUACUCAUUUUUAUAAUUAACUGGCUCUUUUCAGCUGAAAAUAACCCAGGCAGUUUAUCGAGAAGACUUUCCUUUUAGCAAGCUAAAGACGUUUGAGUUUUGGAUUCAUUUAAAAACAAAGCAAGUAACCACAGGGUAUAGGAUAUAGUAAGCAAACCAAGUUAUCAUCUGACUGACCCACCUAAUUUAUAUCUUUUCAUUAGAAGAGUCUCUCAGGAACGUAAGUAUUUUAAAUAACCAGAUAGGAUGAAGGUGGGAAAAGACUAUAUGAGCUUUUUAAAUUUUUUCUUUAAAAAAUUCUAGUAAUAUCCAUACGUUGAGGUGACAUCUUUCUGCUUACUACAAGCUUAAAUUAAAGAAGUGCUGCAGCUGAGUUAUGCCAAGGCCUGGUAUAUUUUAUGGCUGAAGGCGUAACAGUGCCUGUGGCAGCAGCAUUGCUGAUGAGCAAGGCAGAGGCUAAGGACUACUGGUCUGUUUAUUGAGUUUUUGUUCUUUAAAAUAGGCCACUUCUUGAAUUCUAACCUAUGUCUAGAAGUAAUAUGCCACUAAAUCAGUGUGAUUUCUGAUUAUCACACACCUGCCCUUGCAAGCAUGUGUUAACAGCUCUAAAUACUUAAUUUUCUGCUGGCAGAUGUUCACAUAACCAAAUCCCAGUACCAUGAAACUCCUGGAACUCUCAUUCCUUAGACUUUACUAAGUUCCCAAAUCAGAUUAUCUCUUUCCCACUUAGCUGUUAGAAGUUAGCCUGUUUUUUUAAGAGGCUGUGAGCAACUGUUCUCCCCUGGAGCCAGGUCUAUUGCCAAAAGAAUCCCCACACCCAACGUUACAGCUUAGAUUCCUUCUGCGAAGUAUUGCUACCAUUUCAGGUCACUGUAGAGCUGCUCACACAAGUACCUCCUAGCUCGUUCCAUCUAAUUACCUGAGCUGGCACCCAUGGAUACUUGACCCAGUGCCCACAAGGUGAGGGAAUGCACAUAAAAGCAGUCCCACACUAACAACUGAAGGGGCUGUUUAUCACAGCAGUUUAUAUAGUCCAUAUUCAUGCUACAUCUUUCAUACUUCUGCCUUGUCUGGCCUACCCCAAAGAUCAGCCAAAACCAAAAUGUUUUCUUUCUGCUUACAUCAUUUUGACAGUACCCAAGAACCCAACAUUUACAAUAUCCACCUCAGCUGCAGGACCCCAAAAAUCCUUGCUUGAAAUUGGGCAGAAGAAACAUCUGAGAUCUAACCAUCCAAAUCCCAGGAGAAAGCCUCCCACUUAGGAACAAUAUGAAGCAAAUGAAUACAUUUAUUUUUCCUUUCUCCAACAAGAAAAGCAGGCUGACCUGGAUCAGAUAAUUCCAAGCAGGGGCAGGAACAGGAGCCCAGACUUGCAUUUUUUCUUAGUAUCCUGUACUUAGAACAAGUGGCAACCACUUAAUCUUCUGACUUCUCUAAAUGUCAUUCUUAAAUACUUAAUGCUCUCCAGGUGUAGGCGCUCUAGAUACAUGAACACCAUGGGACAGCAGGAAACAGCUAUGUAAAGUUUAAAUCCAGUUGUGGAUGUAAACCACACUCAUCUAUGCAGUACACAGAACACUUUUUCCAAGACAAAAUGGGUUUUCAACAGUGACUUGGUUUUAGCCUACUCUCAUUAUCCAGGCUGAGUGAAACAGGGAAAUUAAUCCCUAGCACUGCCUGCUUCUUGUGCCGUCCAUGAAGCAGCAACGGCACACCUGUGAGACCAAGGCCGUCAAAGAAGGAAACACACCACCACAUAUCUGUAGCCCUUCUUGAAAUUUUUAGGUCACAUAACAAUUAUUCUGAACAGCUGCAAAAGUUAAAACACUGACCAGAAAUGGUUUAGUCCACAAAAUCAGUCUCCCUUUUUUUGGUGGGUUUGUUAAAUCCCUCAUAUAACUUUAACAAUUAGUAGAUUGGUUGCACUAGUGCAGGGGUUAAGUGGAGCUCCCAGAAUUGCCCUAGGAAGACACCAGCUGAAUCACAACCCGUCACACAAGUUUCUGGCACAUUCCCUUGUCUCUAAAGCCAGGCUGUAUAUAGGAAAAAUACUUCCAAGAAGUAUAUGCAAAUGUUAUGACACUGUAUCUCACAAGCACCUACUGUGAAAUAAUUAAUCCUACUUUGAACAAACCUGUAAGAACUAGGAUCAUCCUCGUUCCUCAGGUCCUGGCUGCAACUAAUGCCCCGGGACCAAGGCACCAACCUUUGUACCUGCCUAUCCUGCCUCGCACCGGGAGUAACUAGCCAGCAAGUACAGGCACAGUUUUACAACAGCACAUGUCUGUUGGCACGCCUUAGAUGAUCUGGCAAUAGAUCAGUCCCCUGGCAAUGACUUAAUGCUGACGUACGCAGCAACCAACAUUAUGGAGCUGCUGCAACAUGAAGUAGGUGAUAAGGCAGGUCCAUCCAUCCCCCCAUUUGCAGUAGCACUUGUUAAUAGCUACUAUAUUCUACAUGGAAGUAAGUCGCAGAGACACUUCCUUUUUAUGUUCAAAAUGCAGAAACCACUUGAAAGUCCAUUAACUUUUAAAUGAAAUAAGACUUUUUUUGUUGUUGUUAGUGAACGAGGCCAGCUAUUUUAUGACUUCUUUCAAUGCUGAAUUCAAAGGUGGAUUCAUAAACGUGGUGGGCAGGAAGAAAAGCACUGACAAAUCCAAUUUAUGAGGAUGCUAAUGAUAUGGGAUUUGAAGUUUUAAUUACUUUUUUAAUCCACUUUUCUUACUCGCCCCCUCCCCCAACAUCUAUAUUGGCUGUAUUGGCCUAAAGCGCCACACACUUUGGCAGAAAUUUUUCUCCCGUUUCUUGUGCUAAACUCCUGUGUCUUUGGCAAAGUCCAAGUAGCCCAUUCAGCUCAAACAAUUUGCUGUGUAUUUUUGAAUUCCCCAUAGAUUGCUUUCUUUCCAAAUACCUUUAAAUUAUAAACUAAAGUUUUAUUUUUGCAGAAAGACUGCUAUUAAGCUAUGCUGAUUUUUUUGUCCUGAUCAAAUAGCGUUAAUUUCUACUACCACAUUGUAUGUGGCUAGGAGUGCUGUAAAAAAGAAUGUGGUAGUAUUAUGUGUACUUUAAACACUGACAAAGAUAUAAAGAAAAAUACAUAUACAAAGUUUUACUUUCCUAAUAGGAACACUGGCAUUAGCAAAUAGUAUAUUUGAACCAAUAGGAAAUAUUACUUUGCAGUAGCAAACACUUUGUAAAUAAAAACUUGUUAUUUUUUUAAUGGAAAUUUUAUAGAAGAAGCUAUUUCUGUAUACUCAAUUGAUCCCAUGUUUACUGAAAAUGCUGCAACUGGGAAUUGUACGUUGCAAAACAGGGGUUUGGAGCAGCCAAGUCUGAAGUGAAAACUGUACGCUUUGGAGAAAAACAUCCAGUCGUCUGUGAACAGGAAUGUAAAGCUUAACUGUAGAAGAACUGAAUAAAAUAAUUUAAAGGCAA